AUGCAACAACCCACGCCAUCUGACCCUGUAGCUGCAUCACUUCAACUUCGUGAUUAUGCAUCAGUUCCAGAUAACAUUUAUUACUUUCCUAAUCCAAUUAUUCCUGACUCUGACUUGCCUGAUGCCAUUGUUCCUCUUUGGCAAGCAGGCAUUCCUUUGGAUGUUUCGAUCUAUAUCAGUGAAGAAGAAUACUUUACCGAUUAUAACAAGAAACCUGAUAUAGUUGCAUCUGGUAUCAACUAUGGUGAGCCAUUUGAAGGAAAGAUGUUUACUAUUGAUAUUCCUACUACAAAGUCUGUUCAACAUAAUGGUACCAUCUAUGCCCACAUUUUUGCUGCUCAACAUCAAGUACCGAUCGAUCCUCGUCAUCCUGCUCAUGUUCCUGAUGCGAUUGUAUAUCAGCAACACGUCUUGACCAAGUUUUAUCCUCAAAAGUCAGUUACGAAACAAAAGAAUUUGCUUAAAAAAGAAGAUGAUCAAGAAGAGGAACAAAAAGAAACAAAAGAAGACAAACCACACCAAGAUGAGGUAUGCUCUCCCUUGGUCGCUCAUUGGCAACAGAACUUUACGCUGAGCUUGGUUAUUACUCCAAAUAACCCUAUUCCCAAGAACGGUUUAAAGCCUCCUGUUUUGAAGUAUAUUCCAAUGAACCAUCAGCUUCUUCGCGACCCCCAAGGAAAAGUUGGCUAUUUCCGCCCUAUUCUAUUUCCCAAUGACUUUUGGCAACUUCGCCAGAAUGCGUUUGUAGUGAAUGAGUCUGUCAGUCAACUGCCUUUGAACAUUCAUAUUGAGCCUAUCGCUAUGUGGAAGUUCAACACCUUUGCCAUCUUGGAUGACUCUAUGAAACAGCAGAUGAAUAACCCUCUGGGCGGUAUGUCAGCUGCUGAUGCAGAUGAGAUCAAGCGCAUGUUCCUUGAGACGAACCCAGUCUUACUUGUCACGACAAUCGUUGUCAGUUUACUUCACUCUCUUUUUGAAAUGCUGGCGUUCAAGAACGAUAUUGCAUUCUGGAAGAAAAAGUCAAACAGUACAGGAAUCUCUGUGCGCACGCUGCUGGUCAACAUCUUUUUUCAAAUUGUCAUCUUUUUAUACUUGGUGGAUAACAGUCAGGAGACGUCAUGGAUGGUGCUGAUCAGUCAAGGUGUCGGUUUACUGAUUGAAAUCUGGAAGGUGCUCAAGGCUCUCAAGUAUGAAUUAGUCUGGACGCCCGGAUCAUUGAUUCCCAAGUUGGGCCAGCAAUCAGAAAAUAGUACGACAAAAGAGGAAGAUGAGACAUCCAAGUACGAUGCUAUUGCGUUCAAGUAUCUGACCUGGUUAGCCUAUCCUUUGCUAGGUGGUUAUGCUAUCUAUUCUCUCUAUUAUGAACAGCACAAGAGCUGGUACUCUUAUGUCCUCAAGACACUUGUUGAAUUUGUGUACAUGUUUGGAUUUAUCACGAUGCUUCCUCAAUUGUACAUCAACUAUAAAUUGAAGAGUGUUGCUCACAUGCCAUGGAAGACAUUGAUGUACAAAUCACUUAAUACAUUCAUCGAUGACUUGUUUGCAUUUGUUAUCAAGAUGCCUACUCUCCACCGUCUUGCUUGUCUUCGUGAUGAUGUCGUAUUCUUUGUUUAUUUGUACCAAAGACAUGCUUAUAAGGUAGAUCCUACAAGAGCCAAUGAAUACGGCCAAGUAGGCGAAGAAAAAGAAGAAGAUCAGAAGGAGACGAAAAAAAAUAAAUAG